GACCCACGACGGACCGGCCCAUCACCAAACCCGACCCACUUUCCCCUUUUGCUCGCAAGAACAACCGAGAUUUUACGAGCAAACUCCCAAACUCGAAUUGCAGUUACACACACACACUACUAUUUUUUCAUUUAUCUCUAAUUCCAUUUAAUUUUUCCUUCUAUUCUAUUUUAAUUUUUGUUAAUUUUCGUUAAUUUUCGUUAAUUAAUAAUAAUUUCGGAAUCCCGCGCAAUCCCUCUCCUUCAACCCGAAAAUCCCCUCUUUGUUCUUCCGCUCCCCUAGGGCUUUUACUCACAGUAUCUCCUCCGAAAAUACUCGAAUCUUCGCCUGAGACGGUGACCGAUUGAUUUUGCUCCCGCCGCCUACGGCCAUGGCGGAGGAGAAGAGGCCGUCGUCGUCGUUCGUCAAGAAGAGCGACCGUAUGAUUUUCACGGUGGACCUUCGCCCGGGAGAGACUACAAUCGUGUCGUGGAAGAAGCUUCUCAAAGAUGCUAACAGAACCAAUGGAUCGUCCUCCUCCGAAAAACCCAAGCUCGAUGACGUAAUUGCUCCGGAACAAGCUUCUGAUAUUGAGGGAAAAGAUGCUAAUCAGCCGAACCGUUUCAGUGCUGUAAUAGAGAAGAUUGAGCGCCUUUACAUGGGUAAGGAUAGUAGUGACGACGAGGAUAUGCUUGAUGCUCCUGAUGAUGAUCAGUAUGAUACAGAAGACUCCUUCAUUGAUGAUGCUGAGCUGGAUGAAUACUUUGAGGUUGAUAAUUCUGCAAUCAAACAUGACGGGUUCUUUGUAAAUAGGGGGAAAUUGGAACGCAUAGCUGAAGCUCCGGCAUUACCUAACCAGCAACCUAAAAAAAGGCGCAGAAAGGAGACACUGAAGAAUCCCAGUGAAAAAGAUAAUGAUCGUGUUUCAAAUAAACAAGCUAAACUGAGUAAGCCAGCGUUGGAAAAGAAAGCUUCAGUACAGGCAAAGAGUACACUUAAUUCCACACAGAAUUUAGUUGCACCUGGUGAAUCUCAUGAAGGGUUGAAAUUUCAGAAUCAAUCUGAUGUCACUGGAAUUAAUUCUAAAAAGAAAAGUGCUGAUACUAAACCUGUAAUGGACUCUUCUGUCUCUUUGAAAGCAUCAAAUGAUGAUAUUCAUGCUUCUGUGGCAGAAGCAAAAGAUGCUGAUAAGCAGAAGAAAGGAGUUUCUCAAUCUAAGAACAUAAGUGAUAAAUAUAAAGAUGCUGGUGGCUUGCUUGAUCCAUCUCAUCAGAAAUCCCAUGAGAAAGGUGCACAUGUACAUUCUAAAGCCCAACCUGGAAGACCAUCAAGUACUAUUGGUGAUUUGGAGAAUACAACUCGGCCGAAAGAAAGAAAUGGCAUGCGUGAAUUGCCGGAUCUUAACUUGUCUAUUGGAAAGUCUGCUACGCAAGCAACAAAAUCUGAACACAUGAUCAAGAAAGAUGGUUCUAGUGUUAGGCCAAAAAUUUCAGUGCUGGAAAAGGCUAUUCGUGAAUUAGAGAAAAUGGUUGCCGAGUCAAGGCCACCUGCAGUGGAAAACCAGGAGGCUGAUGCUACAUCCCAGGCAGUCAAAAGGAGGUUGCCUAGAGAAAUAAAGCUCAAGCUUGCUAAAGUUGCUAGACUAGCGCAGUCAAACCAAGGGAAAGUAUCAAAGGAGUUAAUUAACCGUCUUAAUGGUAUUCUUGGGCACUUGAUUCAGCUUAGAACAUUAAAGAGAAACUUAAAAAUAAUGAUCAAUACGGGUCUGUCAGCAAAGCAGGAGAAAGAUGAUAGGUUUCAACAGAUAAAGAAGGAAGUUGUUGAUAUGAUUAAGACGCUGGCCCCAACUUUGGAAUCCAAGCUAAGAGCUGGAGGUGAUGCUCAAGAAUUUGGUUCUGAUGGGAAAAUGAUAACAAAAAUGAAGUUUAGUAUGGACACUGCAUUGGAGGACAAGAUCUGUGAUCUCUAUGACCUUUAUGUUGAAGGUUUGGAUGAAAAUGCAGGUCCACAAAUCAGAAAGCUGUAUGCCGAGCUUGCGGAAUUAUGGCCAAGUGGCUGCAUGGACAACCAUGGGAUCAAACGUGGAAUUUGCAGGGCCAAAGAGAGGCGCAGAGCACUGCACAACAGACAUAAGGAUCCGGAAAAGAUUAAGAGGAAAAAGUUGAAGCCAGAGGAAAACAUUCGGCUUGAAACCAGUCAUGCACAGCAGAACUUGCGGGAGAAAUCAGCUACAGAAUCUAGCAGUCAUGCAUUUCCUUCUGCGAAUAAGCCAGUUUCCAAUACAAGCACAAGUGGCCACGUCCCCAGUCCUUCAUUGAACGGCUUAAAACAAGAAAAAGCCAAGGCAAGUUCUACCAGUUCCCUAGAUGAUGUGAGGGUUGCAGAUGGCGCAUUGAAAAAGAAGAAAAUAAAGAAAAAGCCAGAAAUUGAUUUGGAAGGAGCACAUUUUGGUACCGAGAAGCUAGGCUCAGGCUCUUUGCUGGGUGAAGACCGACCAAAGUCCCAGAGGCAGUCUUCUGGAGGUGUUCCUUCCAAAUCAAAUCCUCAGCCAACAUCUAUCCCUGGUCUUGAACAGUCAAGCUAACGUGAUAUCUCAGCUUAGGCCGCAGAAUGCCUCACAGUUUUAUUCCCUUUUUUUCUUUUGUUUUUUCCGUCUAAUAUUUGAAUAAAUAGUUUUUCCGCAGUCUUCCUGUCAUCAAAUGGUUUUUACUGAUUGCUGCCAUUUUUGUAAUUAUAUGUCUAUCUUUAGUUUUGUUGAGAAAUAUAGAUAGAUUUGAUAAUUGUAAUUUCUAUUAGUGGUGACAAACCUUAAUUUGUUC